GUCUAUGCUAUUGAUCUGGAUGCUGGUGAAAAUGGCACGGUUCGCUACCACAUCAACUCGGGCAAUACUGCUAACUACUUCAAGUUGGAUCAGUUUACUGGAGCGUUGCAGUUAACGCGUGAGCUUUCAUUGCAAGCUCUCGGAGACUACUCCUUGGAAGUGGAAGCCCGGGACUGUGGGCAACCAAGCAGGUCAUCGUUCAGCCAGCUGAUAGUUGGGAUAGAAGACAUUGCUCCAAAAGGCCUUGUGGGCCACAAUUUGUACAGUCUAUCUGGUCUGGUGGAUGCUGGAUCCACUGGCCACCGAUUCAAUAUGUACAUCCUCAUUGCGAUUGUCGCCGCAUCCACCGUCGUCUCUAUUCUACUACUGUCCUCGAUUUGUUUUGUUCUACGAAGAUCCAGGCGCUCUACUGCUUGUAGGAACCCACAUUCAACUACCAAUGCUAGUAUAAAUGGAGUAGAAAAAGCUCAGCUUCAUUUGAAUUCCACAGGAGCAAAAUACACUACAGAAUUUCCAAUGUCAUCCAGCUACACAGCCACAGCGAGUGUCGAUGAACAGCCGCAGUUUUACGCAGGACUAGCAUACCGGACGUACUCACCAGCCUUGGAUGGCAGAUCCGGGGCCGGUUUCUAUGAUUGUGGGGGACCUUUCACAAACGAACGAAACAUGUUGCAAUCAGACCUGGUUCAUCCCACCCUCCUUCAAACUCAUCUCUACCCAGUGACAAACGUACUAGAUUACUCUCAUUCUGACGUAACCAAUUUCGAACUGUACGUUCAAGCCAAUCAACAGACAUCUGAUUGCUCCGGUGACUUUCAGUAUGUAAAACCAAUACAGGUUGUGCGCACUUUACAACCUGCACAUACGUCGCAAAUUGACAGUGCGAUUCGAAAUUUCUCACUUUCACUUCCCCGUGGAACGAACGCCUGUGAAGAUAUCUCUGCCAACGGCACCGAAAUGGUUAGUUUUUGCGGCAGCAAAUAUUCCGGACGAAGGCCUAUUCCCACUGGGGAAUAUUUCAGCCCUGUGGCUGGUCCAUGGCCCGCUCUACUCAGCGUUGAAUCCAACAGCAUUCCAUCCGCAGAUUGCGACUCUGGUCAUGGUGACAGCUUGGAUAUUGUAUCCAGCUCCGGACUAACCUAUCUGCCCUGCCUAUUGACCUCCUCAGCUAAUAUUCAGGCUGGAACAAAAUUAUGCUGACUGGACCCCUCGUAUACGGUGAAAAUCUUCUCCUAUUCCUCGCUCGUGAAGCAAGCAUAACAAGCUCAAACGCCACAUUUUGUCUGUUUAUUAGCGAAAUUCCUCAAUCAUUGUAAAUUUCCCCUUUUCCUUCGCUCUUUUUUUAAAAGGA